AUGACGUCUCAGCAUAGCCAUGGUCUCUCACCUGCCUCGAUCGAGACCAUUGCAGGCUUGUCUGCCGGCCUCAUAUCCACCGUGAUUGUCCAUCCUUUGGACAUCAUCAAAACGAGGUUGCAGGUCGACACUUCUGCCCACCCUCUCUUCAAUUCCUCUCGGGCUGUUCUCCGAGACAUCUUGCGAAAUGAAGGUCCCACUCGGCUCGCUGCUCUUUACCGAGGACUGACUCCCAACCUGGUGGGCAAUUCUGCCGGCUGGGCUUUGUAUUUCUUGUGGUAUCGUGAAGCCCAAGAUGUCAUCCGAACCCUCCGAGGCUAUACUGCUGGUACACAACUCACAGCCGUCGAUUACCUCACGGCCUCCUCUGCCUCUGGCCUUCUCGCUGCCAUACUUACGAAUCCAAUCUGGGUGGUGAAGACGCGAAUGCUUUCCACCUCCUCUUCUCAGGUCGGAGCAUAUCCGAGUCUGACACAUGGGUUGCGAGCAAUAUACAAAACAGAAGGAGUCCGUGGAUUUUUCCAUGGUCUGACACCCACGCUGGUCGGCGUCACCCAUGGCUCGCUGUAUUUUGUGGCCUAUGAAAAGCUCAAGUUAUGGCGCAAGACGUCCAAGAAAGACCGGACACUUUCUAACCUUGAUACCAUCAUUGCCUCCUCAUUGUCAAAGGUCUUCGCUGGGACCGUGACCUAUCCUCAUCAACUGGUGCGGGCGAGGCUGCAGACAUACGAUCCGAGUGCAACCACACAUGUCAAGCGCCCAGGCGUCAUUGCCUUGAUCAGGCAGAUUUGGCGCAACGAAGGCUUGGUGGGCUAUUACAAAGGUCUCUUUCCCAACCUUCUGCGAGUUGUCCCGAGCACAUGUGUCACUUUCCUCGUGUACGAGAACACUCGAUGGGCUUUGCCGAGGAUGUUUGGAAAGGUGGAGGAGGAACCUGCUAUAGCCACGGGGGUGGCGCGGAAAGGGGAGAGGCCCUUGUAA